AUGGUCCCUACACAGAGGUAUCGGGACCAGUUGAUCACGGACAACACGAUCACCAAGCUCCUGGGUCCCGCCAAGGUGCGCUUCCUGAGGAGCGGCCAGUCGGUCCGAUACGCGUGCCAGGACCACCUGACCAAGAAGGAGAAGCGGCGCAAGCAGAAGGAGAAGCAGCAGCGAAGGAAAGAGGAGGCCGAGCGCAAGCAAAAGGCCAAAGCGCCCAAGGUCUCUCCGCUGUUCGCCACCACUACGAACCCUCAGACGAAGGAUCGAUCGGAGGAGAGGCAGCAGGAGCUCGCCAAGAUCGAGGAGACGAUGCGCCUGCGCGCCGAGCAACGGCGCAAGAAGGCCGAGGAGCGCAAGGAGCGCGAGCUGGCCAAGCAGGCCUCCGGCGCCGGCACCACCGCCGAGACCACCACUCUCCCUGUGACGGCGGCACCGAGAGGCGAGGAGCCGUACAAUCACGUCCGGCUGAUCUUCCAGGCGAACCGUAUCCUGGCUGGGCGCGACCUGGUGCUCGACCUGGAGGGCGACCCGGCCGCCCAGGCCGAGCGAGACCUGCUGCUCGCGAUUCGCCGGAAAAGCUUCAA